AGUGUUCAGAAAUGUAUGUUUUAUAAGUUGGUUUCAAUUAUCGGGGGCCCUUGCACUUUUAGAAAAACUUUAUAGCUCGACUGGAGAGUGGCUUAGCUCUAAAUGAUAUCAUUGGAUCAACUGAAACAAGUUAUUACAUAUAAAGUACUAGUUCUGGCUAAAUCGCAUUAUGGCAUCAUUUUCUUCGGCUUCCUUGAUCAUCUUUUUUUGUGAUAUUGAAAAAAGUUAUUCUGGAAUUUUAUGAUGUCCGUUAACGUAAUAUUCGGUAAAAUCACAUAAGGAUUUGUCCUCUUUUCUCAUCCGUAUACUGUUAAAUAUAUAAAGAUAGGAGGUUUUCAGUAACCAAUAAUCUAUUUUAUGUAGUGGAUAACAUUUGCAUCGUGCAAUAGCUGACAUGUCAGGACCCAGAGCUCAACUUAUAACGGCCUUGUCAGAGAGAAUAAAAAUCGAGAGAGUAACGGAAUUCAUUACGCAUAGUAUUACAAAUAAUGGAGAGCAGUGCAGCUGUGUAAGCUGUCUAGUACAAACUCCAGUGGUUUUAGGCUGGGGGAUUGAAAAUGAAAACAUACUUGAAAAUUAUGAAAACGAGUUUCCGCCACUUAUCAAAGCUGAACUUGCACCUAAACCCCAUAAUCAGGAACUUUGGAGUCAAGUUGUCUCAAAUCCAACGCUCAUUUAUGGGUUGGCAUCCUCUGAAGCUCCAGAAAAUUGUCAUGUCCAAAGGGAAAACGAGUACUUAUCUGAUAAGACGACAACCGGGGUUGGAGUUCUUGUACUGAAACAGAAAAACAGUAAAUGUAAAACAACACAAGCUCAGAGAUUCAAGGAGAAAGAAAAAAAACAAAAAGCCUAUAAAGCUAAGGUGAGUAAAAACAAACAUGGACAAUGCAGAACAGAAUCCCUAUCAUUUGGAAUUAAUUUACACAACGGAUUCGAAAGACUAAGCCUACGAGAACAGCUGUGCAACAAUUCAAAAAAUGAAGAAUGUCAUUCAUACGAAAAUAGGACAACAGGGGAUGAAGCUGUCGCAUCAAAAAAGAAACCCAUUAGAAAAACAAAAGCUCAGCGAAACAAAAAGAAAGAAGAAAAACGAAAAGCUAAGGCUUUACAGUUAGAGAUACAGUUACUAAAGCAGUUUGACGAAAUAGAAAUUAUACAAAGAUCAAUAUCUAUCGAAGAAAAAGAAAAACAUGAAAAAAGGACUGCAAAAAGAAGAAAGAAAGCAGCUAAAGUAAGUCUAGUCGUGAAUUUAUUUAAAUUUCAUAAUUAUAAUUAUUUGCAUGACCAACUUCUUAUAUACGACAACUUGGUUCAUUUUGAGGUUUCUUAUACUUCAUUCCCAGUGCGAAAUCAUCAAAGACAUUAGUGGAGGAGGAACAGACAAACAAUUCACAAAGAGUUUCAAGAGAAAUUCGAAGAGAAAACGAAUAGGAAGGAAAUAUAAAAAGCAAACUUCUGAGUCUUCCGUACACAAAAAAGGUAAGAAAAUGUUAUAAGAGUUGUGUUUAUAAGUUGAGGAUAUAAUUACUUUUACAAUGUGGUGAUUUUUUGAUAGAGCAGCUUUCUGUCCACAGGUCUUAUUGAUAAUUUAGUAUUAUGAUCCUCAAUGUCUGACAUUAGAAGGCUUUCGUAACCUUCGAGACUACUCGACUUGUUUUAGUUAUUAUUUUCAAUCUACAGCCGCACUUUUCAGCUUUAAUUAGAAAUAUUAUAGUUUAACGUGCAUGAUGCAAUCAUAAACGUCAAAAAAUAUUCCACAAUUUGUUAAUUCUAAUUUCCCUUCUUUCACUUUGAAAUGUUAUUUUCAUUGCACAUUUUCGAAAUACAUGCCACUUCUAAACACAAAAAUAAUCAACACAUUGGCCAAAAAGUACGCACUGUACGUAUUUUGUAAUAAUUACGUACGCAUAUUGUUUGAGCUUAAAUUAUAAUAUCCGGUCAAUUAUUACAUAUUUCACAGUCUCAAUAUGAACGUAAAUCCUCCAUGUAACGAUAUUUAGCCUUUAUCUAAUACUUUGCGAUUAGAAGGUAAACAAAGUCAUUAAAAAUAGAUUAGAUCAUGUGGGUGCUAUCAAUCACAUUGCUAGUUGAAUUUUAUAAGUUUCUGCGCGAAUAGCUAGCCUCGCUGCACAGCUGUCGUAUGUUAGGCCAAAAUAUCUUACUACAUGUACGCGUCGGUACUUUAUUAUUUUAAAUCCCGAGAAUGUGAAUAUAUUUGAGACUCGCACCAAAUCUUUUCACCAGCCUGUUUGUUAUAAUCGUAAUAAUAAUAACGAUUAUAUUCUUUAUGCAGUUCAUGUGAACAAAUUCUGUACAUUGUAUUUCAGAUUUGCCCAAAGAAGACAGUCUCGAAAGCAGCAGGAAUUCUUCAUUCAAAGAUAAUCAGAGAGAUGAUCAGCCUUUCGAAAGGGAAAGUGAAAGACAAAGUUCUCCUUCAGAUGAUGGAAUAACAAUGAAUGUAGAAUACUUAAUGAAUGAGAAGCAAGAUGUUAAGGAAAGUCAAAGACAGAGCUCUCCUUCAGAUGAUGGAAUGACAAUGGAUGAAGAAUCCCUAAUGAAUGAAGAGCAAGAUCCUAAAGAAAGUGAAAAAUAUCUACUAAGAAAAAUGAAGCGUGCAUUAAGAAACAUUCGCUACCACUCUUCUCCCGGUGGCAGAUCUGCGCUAAACAAAGCGCAAAGUAGGUACUUCUCUUCUCCCGGCGGCAGAUCUGCACAAAGUAGGUACUUCAAUUCUCCCGGCGGCAGAUCUUCACUAAACAAAGCACAAAGUAGGUACUACUCUUCUCCCGCCGGCAGAUCUGCACAAAGUA